CGAGGGCCGGAUAAUUUACCUUGACGGGCCGGAUUUGGCCCACGGGCCUUGAGUUUGACACCUGUGCCUUAGGAACACAGAGAUAAUACUAAGCAGUCCCCACAGUACAUUUAUACAUAAGCACUCCAGAUGGCUGAAUACGGUUCAUCACAGUUUCAGACAUAUUUAGAAAAAACACUUAUUAUCGUCACAACAUAUUUCUCUGCUUUCUGCAACGAUAAGAGAGAGAGUAAAUCGAUACACAUACAUAGUAAUAUGAAAUAGUAACCACUGGUCUAUAUAUUCCAGCAAAUAUAUGAUUAACACAAUAAACCUAAUGAACAAUAAACUAAAGUAAUGAGAGAUCGGACAUAUAAAAUACACUUUAAUAAAACCUUAAAACUUCUUAGUAGUUAAGAGUAUAUACGUAAUAAAUGCAAUGAAUUUAGUAGAUAAUAGUAAAAUAUUAAGAUAGAAAAUAGUAAAAAUAGUAAAUAGUAAAAAUAAUUCUAUCACUCUGUUAUCACCUUCACUGGUUUGUAUUGCGUGUUCAUGGGAGAGUUUUCUUUUGGACAGGGGUGUCCACCAAUCUAAAGGUUGAAACUUUCUGCACUCUUGCUACGUCUGGGGGAGGAUAGUUCAUUUUUUCUUCAUAAAAUCUGUGACUUUUGUAAUUGUCAGGUCCACAUCAAUGCGACAGCCUCCACACAUCCUCCCUGUAUGGUGACUCGUCUCCUCUGUUGAUCAAUCCCACCCCUGAGGCGUCAUCCUCAAAUUUUGAUUUUGACUUUUUUUUUUUUUUUUUUUGUUAGAAGGAAGCCUGCAGUCAUUUGUGUAUAUGAAAUAAUAAAGAUCUGAAAGCACAGCCUUGGGGUACCCCUUUGUUAAGUAAGUAAGCAACUUUAGGAACCAGUCCCUCAAAAUGACUCCAUCAUUUACUCCUAAAUUGGGAUGUUGCUGUCUUACAAAUACCCAGACCAGUUGGCUGGUUAAUAUCCCUAAUACAACAGCAUUUGGUUUUAAGGGGUUUUAAAACGUCUGUCCCUGCUUCUUUAGAUCUGUUUUGAACACGCCUGGACAAAAUAUGUUGAUUUGAGGUCAGAAAUCUGAGGUAAAACUGUAUCAAUACCUGCGGAUUAUUUCAUUGCACCGUGGAAAGAUCCCUCCACAUCCGCAAAAUACCUCUACAAAUAUGAUUCAGUGGACCGCUGCCUGCCAAUAGGAGGGAGACAAUGUUAUCCUAGGGGGUGUUUUGCUCCCAGGGAGGUUUCAGCAUGCCGGGGCAAGCUGAGCCGUCUGACUUUGCCUCACCUCAGUCCUUCUUUUUGUGAGGAAGUCUCCGAGCCGUUCUGAUUGCUGAUCUGGACCAUCUCGGCAACUUUUUUUUAACCCUACAAUGGAUUUUGAGCAGAGUGACUGAGAAUGCAGGACUUACUGGAUUCACAGACUGGACCAACAAAGACGAUCCGUGACCACAAUGGACAAGAUGGGAGGAAAGCUGUUCAAGAGAGAACGUUCACCAGAUGGAUGAAUGUGUUCCUGCAGAGACGCGUUCCUCCACUCAAAGUGUGCGACCUGUUCACUGACAUUCAGGAUGGCAGAAUGCUCAUGGCUCUGCUGGAGGAGCUGUCUGGCUGCAGACUACUUUACAGGUUUAGGUCGUCAUCCCAUCGCAUUUUCAGACUCAACAACAUUUCCAAGGCCCUAGCCUUCCUGGAUGACAGACAUGUGAAGCUCCUUGGCAUUGAUGCAUCCGCGAUUGCUGAUGGCAACCCUUCCGUUGUUCUCAGCCUUGUCUGGAACAUUAUUCUCCACUUCCAGGUAAAGGAGGCGACGGGAGGCCUGCAGCGACAUUUGUCCACUAGCCUGUCUUCCAUUUCGCUGAGUGCUUACCCAUCCUCCAGUGACCUCUCACCACAGACCAGCGACAGUGUCAGCUACUCCUCCAACACCCUGCCGAGGAAAGGUAAAAAGGCGACAAGGGAGCAGAAGUACCACAGUAAAACCAUCAAGAGUCUCCUGCACUGGGUCCAAAGAUGCACAUCAAAGUACGGUGUGGAUGUGGAUGACUUUGGGGCGAGUUGGAGGAGUGGACUGGCGUUCCUCGCUUUGAUAAAGUCCAUAAACCCAGACCUGGUCGACCUGAGGGAGAACUUAUCCAAAGAACCAAGAGAGAAUAUCCAGCAGGCUUUCAUGGUGGCCCAUCAGUUUUUGGAUAUACCCCCUCUGCUGGAGCCGGAAGAUUGCACCUCACCGGACGAGCAGUCCAUCAUAACAUACGUGUCGAUGUUCCUGGGACGUCAUUCAGUCGUAGAUGAGGACCACUUGACACAUUUUGAUUUUCCUGAGAUUCCCAGCUUCGGAUCUCUCGAAGCCGUCAGGUUCGGAGGAACCCCUGCUGAUGACCCAGAAGCCAAAGCUCUGCUAACAAACUUUGAGAAGAGCAAUGAGCAGCGGCUGUGGAGGCAGUGGUCCAGGAGGUUUUCAGAGACGUCCAAAGCCCUCGACUGUAACUCCAACAAGAGCGGGAGCCCUGAAACCUCCUUCCCCUCCAGUCAGAGAGUGCUGGAGCCGCCCAGUCCGCUGGAAGCGGGUGUAACUAACCAAGAGAUCAGAUCAUGGAUGGAUAAGGAGUAUGGUAAGAAAAGAGUGCAUGGGAGUCACGUUUCCCAGAGCUCUGAAGAAGGAACCUACAGCUUGUCAGUGCUGGACUCAGAUGAAGAGGAUGCUUACACCUACAUCCUGGAUCUGAAUAAAGAUGUCUUCCAACCAAACAACCCGCCAAAAAGACAAGUACCAAAAGUAGAGGAGGAAACAGCCGAGGAGAUGGAGGAAGAGUCAAAACAUCUGGAAGCACUCGGGAUGUUUAACGGAGGCAGACGUAAACAGCAGGGAGGACCGCUCAGUGAGGAUACGGAUUUUAAUCCAGAAUCAGCUAUAGGGGCUCAGUCUGCGGCUCACAGGAAGUUUGACUUGGACAAGAGCAAAAGUGGCCUCAGAGAGACAACAAACAACAGAGCUGUGUUUGUCUUGGAGCCCGAGGCUGAGAGAGGAAGCAGAGGAGACCCGAGGUUCAACAGAGGAACAAACAGUGACGCUUGUUCAGGAGAAGAGAGCAAGGAGAAGAUGGAAAACGACAGAGAGGGGAAGGAUGGGUUUGACAACACGCUAGAUUGUGGGGUAAAAGCAAGGGUUUUUGGCGUGGCUAAUUGGAAAUAUGUUGAGGAAGAAGGAGAGGAGCUCUCUGAAAAAUUGGGACGUGUGAGUGAGAGAACAGCGGGGGGAGAUUCGGGAAGAUUAGAGGAAGGGCGAGAUCUGAAGGAGCAGAACGAGACAGAGGAAGCUAGUGCCAAGAAGAGAGAGACAGGCAGUCAGAUAUGUGGGAACUCACAAAGUUUCAGUAAUAAAACCGAGGAAAGAAUUUUCCCAGAUGAAGCUGGUUUUAUAACCCAGAAUAGAAAUGGGGUCACAGUUAACAACACGGGCUGUAAAGCAGGAGUGAAAGCGGAGGAAGCGUGCCAUCUGAUGACAUCAUCUGAUUAUGGGCCUGUUCAAACACGAGACUGGAAGAAAUGCAAAGCUAUGGUCAGGAGACACGAGGAUCUGAUAGCAAAUCACAAAACUACCCCCAAAAGGCUCCCUGGGGACAUCCACGACGGAGAUAACGGCCGGACUGCGGCCUGCGGGCCAUCUUCUCACUUACCAAGGAACGACGGCGCAUUCGCUGCUCAACCUAUGGCAGCCAGCUGCAGCAUAACCCCGUUAGAACAGGAAAUGCUGCUGCUCCUGUGGAUCCUGCUCUACUGCUACCUGAUUCUGUCUCCGACGUACCUCUGAGUCAGCUCGACGCGCAUCCUCCCACCGCUGGGGCCCUCUGGUCGUUUCCUCUAGUCCAACGAGUUUCCUUCAGAGCAAUAUUUAUUAUUUUGCACCUUCAUGCCAGCAGAUUUAGCACGGUUUUAACUCUGCCAGUGAUUCACAAGAUAAUCUCCCAAUUUUGCAACCGUCUUAAUUAUCUUGAUUUCCAGGCUUGAUUGUUGCUGCACUGAUCAUGUGAGGGAGUUUCCUGGGAAGGAUGAACCCUUUCAGUUGUUGUUGACACGAUCCACCACGUGGUGGCGUCGCAGCAUCACACCAGCAGCAUCUGCAGCUGCUCCACACCAGAGACUUUCUUCCCAGCCUUUGGUUGCCCACUGAGAAUCUGACGCGAUCUGCUGUUUAGCUGCAGGCCUGAGAUUAAACUGAUAAUAUUUAAUGAGCAAGGAGAAAUUUGGCAGCUUCUCAGAGAGCCACUUGUGGCUUCCAACAUGUAAUGUAUAUUGUUCAUCUCAGAUACAAUGUGUAAGUUAAAGCUU